CAAGACUACAGUCUCUCUCUCAGCUGAUUCCACCCUCCUCUCCGUUGUUUUUUUGCAGAAGGAGCUGCUUUGCAGGGAGGUUGGGGGGGUAACACAGAAGAGGUUAUAUAUAUGUAUUUUAUUUCCCUUUAUUAAAUGAUAAUCUUCUUUCUGCGUGUUUAGAUUCCCUUCCAUAUCUCUCUUUUUUUUUGUUCCAGUUUGAAACGUCGUCGUUGUUUUUGUUGCUGCUGUGUUGUUAAUCGUUUUGUUGUUUUAAAUAAUACUGUUAAGUUUUUGUUUGUUUGUUUGUUUUAACUUCCACAAAAACAAAAAAAAGGCUUUAAAUUGAAAAAAAGUUAAGGCCUCUUCGUUUUUAAAUAAUAGCCGUUAUUAAUUUUUUUUUUUUUAAAGCUGUAUGACUAUGUUGUUUCUGGACACCCAGGUCAGUGUGAGUGUUUUCACCUCAGUGACUGACAGCACCGAUGAACCGCUCCGAGCGGCGGUCCCUCCGUCGGUGGCGCUGGGGUUGACGGUGGUCUACACGACCCUCUACUCGCUGCUGUUUGUGUUUGUUUACUUGCAGCUCUGGUUGAUACUGCAUUACGGCCACAGGCGCUUCAGUUUCCAGAGCGUGUUUUUGUUUCUUUGCCUGCUCUGGUCCGCGCUCAGGACUACACUUUUCUCCUUUUAUUUCAAAAACGUCUCCCAGGCUAACCAGUUGCAGCCCGUCCCUUUCUGGCUGCUCUACUGCUUCCCCGUCUGCUUGCAGUUCUUCACCUUGUGUCUGCUCAACCUUUAUUUUGCACAGGUCAUGUUUAAGGCCAAAGCUAAAUAUUCUCCAGAGCUCAACAAAUACAAGGUGCCGCUGCGGCUGGCCUUCCUGUUCAUGAGCCUCUUCUUCCUGGUGGUGAACGUGACGUGUGCCAUGCUGCUGCAGGGCAGCGUGCCGGAAGCGGAGCUCAAGCACGCCGUCCUGGCGAGGGUGCUCAUCAAUGACAGCCUCUUCGUCCUCUGCGCCGUCUCGCUCGCCGUCUGCAUCUUCAGGAUCGCCAAGAUGUCCUCUGCCAACGUCUACCUCGAGUCAAAAGGCACAUCUGUGUGUCAAGCCACAGCAAUAGGGGUGGCAGUGAUCCUGCUCUACACCUCCAGAGCCAGCUAUAACCUGGUGGUGGUGGCUCUGUCUCCCGAGGACCGGCCCAGCUCCUUCAACUAUGGCUGGUACAACGUCUCCGAUCAGGCGGAUGUGGAGAAGAUCAGCGGGGAGGCCUAUGUGGUGUUCGGGAUCAUCCUCUUCUUCUGGGAGCUCCUCCCUACCAGCCUGGUGGUGGUCUUCUUCAGAGUGCAGCGGCCCAAUCAGAACCUGACGUCAGGAGGAAUGAUAAACAGCCACAGUUUCAGCUCCAGAGCGUAUUUCUUUGAUAACCCACGCCGCUACGACAGCGAUGACGACUUGUCUCGGAGCAUGGGGUCCCGGGGAGAGAGGAACAGUAUCCUGUCCUCCACGCCGCAGUCGGGAUCCGGCUGGUAUGGAACGAUCCGGAGGAACGGCAGCUUCACCGUGGUGCCACACCUGCUGAACGGGCCACCCGCUGCCACGGCCCCACUUCUACUGGCCUAUGGCAACGUGCAGAACAGCCACCACCACCACCAUCACAACUACUACUCGACUCCGCAGAACCACUGCACCGCUCCACAGAACCACUGCUCCACUCCGCAGAACCACUGCUCCACUCCGCAGAACUAGCAGCCACAGCCUGCAGAGCCACACUCCACCCUGCACAGCUCUGCAAACUAGACCAGCUCCCCGCUCUGCAGAACGUGUCGCUCCCAGCCGCUCUGGUCCAGGGGUAGUCGAUUCAUUAAUGUGAAGGUGCAAAAUUCAUGGUUACAGCAAGGUCAGGGUCUGGAGCAAUAUUUCCGCAUGGACUGCUAUAACCAUAUACACACACACACACACACACACACACACACACACACACAGUUAUAUUACACAUGUUGCAGGUUUCAGAGUUCAUCACUAGGUUUAAAGGAUCAUUUUUUUUGUUUAUUAGGAAUCUUUUGAUUUUAUCUUUUAUAAUAGUCUGCCUUCCUUGCUGCUGUCUUGUUACUGUAUGAGUCCAUUCAGAACAUACGAACGGUCCGUCUGUUCACUACCCCUGCUCUAGUCCACUCAGCAAAGACUUGUGAUGCCUAGACAACCGACUACACUCCUCAGAAAGUAGAUAUUGCUAAGCUACCUACUCCACUCUGCAAAACAGAAACUACACAAUUCUGCUAAACCAUUCUUCUUCUCCUCCACUUUGCAAAACUGUCUGCUCAACCCCAUAGAGCUGAACUGGUACUACUGCAUUCCACAGAGCCAUCCCUGGGGCAUGGGGGUGGAAGAGAGCAGGCUUCCUGUAGAGUUUUGGAAAGUUAGCUGUGCCUGGAACUGUUUACAAGAGAAGAGUUUGUGCGCUGACUCGACCUCCUUCUAUCCAGGGAGUCGUGUGGAGAUAAGAAAUGAACAUUCCAGUCCGAGGCACCUUAAUUAUAUCAUUGCUGAAGAGGUGUUUUGUUUUUAAACUGAAAAGAAAAGGUCUUUUUUUUUUCUUGUUUCGUACGGUACGUGAUCGCAGGUGUGGAGGUUUGUAGCUUUCCCUGCGGUCUGUCUGUCUGCAGUGGCUGACCCCAGAGCUUCCUGUGCACCUUUACUGAAACACUUACAAGGCGGGGUGUGAAUUUGCACUUGAAUCCUGCACAUUAUCAGUCUGGUCAGACACAUCCAAACCGCCCCGUCCUUCUUCUCAUGACUUCCCUGUGGGGCUCUUCUACAUGUUGUGUACAGUACCUAUAAAAACAUGCCAAUGUUGUCCUUGUGACUUGAGAAAUGCACAGCCCGAGUUUGAGCCAGGCCUGAUUCUGGCAUGGGAAAGCCUGCAUUUACUGUGCAGGGAAUCACAAGGUGUUUCCAGCUGGAUGUCCAUGCAGAGAAACGUUCCUGCAGAACAGAGAAAGGAUGCAAGUCUCUUCAAGCUGAUAGCAGCCCCCGUCUCGAGGGAGCCGACAGCAUCCUGACUCAUUCAGGGCUGCACAAAAGAGGCUUGAUUUGGAAGGGCGGGCAAAAGAUGUGUAAUAAAAUUGAAUUUUGUAGCAGUGCAGCAGAAUUUAAUUUGAGUGAGUCCCAAAUGAAACGGCCCACUCAAACAGCUAUUUAAAUUAACCGAUAGGGUUUGGUUGUCAGGAAUGCUAGAAAGACUUUUUUUUCUUUUGCGUUGUUUUUUAUCAGCUAGAAGAAUGUGGCCUACGCAAUUCGAGUAGAGACCCUUAUUUGACUCCCCACCUUAUCGAGGAAAAAGGGGAAGGCUGGAGCAGAUCAGAGAGGCAGGACCCUCCACGCCUGCCAGUUUAAAAGCCUUGUAUGUGCCCAUGUUCCACCCAUGUUCCCUCGUGCUCCAGUUUACAGUGUUGCUCCCGUCACUUCAGAGCAUCUCAAAAUGUGCCAUUAGAACAGAACCUUUGUUAUUGUAAACCAGUGCACUGUAGGAUAAAACAGUCAUGAACAGGCUAAAUAUCAUACUGAAUACAACCCUGGCAGGUGGUUUGUCUCAUUACCAGUUAAAAUUUGUCUUCUUACCAUUUAUAAAUAAUUGGCAGCCUUUUUAUUUAGGCUUUGUAUCACAGGGCAGCUUUCAAAGCAACUUAUUGUAAGUGAUAUUUUCAAGAAGUGUUCUCUGUGUUCAAAGCUCAAGAUUGAUUUCAGCAGCUUGGUGAACAGGGAUUGAAAGUGUUGCAAGCAGCUAGUUGGGCUCCAUAUUUACCAAACGUCAAGGUCCUUUUUGUUUUUGGAGAUCUAGACGUCUAGAUUUUAUUUUAUGUGACCAGGAAAGCGGGGCAAGUGCAGUGUGUAAAGAAUGAACCAAUCAGCAUGCGGGCCCAGGUCCCAACCUGAUACUGGGAGGGCCAAUCAGCUGGGGAUUGAGAGUCUGGUCAAGGGUCAGGGUUCUGAGGUUGUAGCUGAUUCUUGCCAUGAGUUACUGAACAGUGUUUAAUACAAGACAAGCUAGUCACUAAAGAAAGAAUCGGGUUUUGAGUUUGGGGUUUUCUGUUUGUUCUCUGAGACACUGCAGUCUUUCUUUCUGUUUUACCCCCAAAGGAAUGUCCUUGCAUAAAACCCGUAACCAUUGUUUUUUUUUUUUUUUUUUUUUUUUCCUUUUCAUUUUUUUUUUACAUUGAACAGCAUUCCACUGUGUAAGCAUUAAGAGAAAUGACAGAUUGAGCGUGCGUGUGUGUGAUGACCGUGGGUUUCGGCUGAUGUUCUACUAUGUGCCUGUUUGGUGUUUAUUGUUGUUAUUAUUCUGUUGAAUGUUAAACCUGUCUAGAUUGAAAUUGGAGUAGAUUCUGUCUUUGGGCUUGAGGUCUGGUAUUUGUUAUUGAGCUCUGGUGUCUGGGGUUCAGCUCUGGUGUCUGGGGUUCAGCUCUGGUGUCUGGGCUUGAGCUCUGGUGUCUGGGGUUCAGCUCUUGUGUCUGGGCUUGAGUAACAUGGGGGUGGGUGGGGUUUUGAGGACACAAUAAGAAUGUUUUCAUUUCUGUAAAGUGCGAAAGUAACUGUACUAACAAACAUAUCAACAUGCAAUGCACAGUGAAAAUAUAUACAGCCUGAGAGGGCUGCGAAGGGUGUGGUUCUGUCCCCUAAAUACUGUGUUUUUCUGCGCUGCCAUAUUGGCAAACCUGUAUUACAGGGACGUAUAAAGAGAUUCUGGUGGGCACCUUACGCCAGGGCUGGCCAAAGUUGACCUGUACUGAAUUGUUUCAUUGAGCUAAUUAAACCUGCAUCCAGACCCUGAAGUCGUUCAUUAUCCCAUUUUACCUGUUAAACCUGGAGUGGAACGGCCCUCCAGGACUGUGAUUGGACACAUGCUAUCUGAAUAUAUUCUCUGUUGGCGGCUCAGUUAUGUCUCGUGAGGCUUAUGAAAUAAUGGGGACAAUCGGCAACACAAAUCACAUGCUUCUGUCGGAGAGUAAUGCAGCCUCAGUCCAAACACCUUGGGGUCUGAGCUGCUGUGCAGGAUCCUCCGCCUCCUCUCGUGAUUAGGCUGGGGACCCUGACUUGUAGCACAGCAUUACUACGUUCCUUACCUGAGACCCUGGAUCAAUAGAAAAUGCUUAAAAGAAACAGUCUAGAGUCCCGGUCAGCUCUCAAGUAACCGUGCACAUGAAUGGGAGCUGUGGUUCAGACCCAACUCCCAGUCUUAGCACCUUCAGUAAGCACUUUGCCUUUAAUAGCGGUCUGUCCUCGCACCUCUGCAAGCACUGUGUACGUUACUGUCUGUGUCAUGCAUGAACUCUGUGACAGCAGCGUGAAACUCACUGACAUGGUAAACAAUUCAGCAUGGUACUCCCCGUGUCGCACUAACUGAUACAGAUCUGAAUUGAUACAAUCCGUGCAAACUCUUUAUGAGUUAGCUGGGUAUGACUGGUGCUCAGAUUAAUGCUGGUUCUGAAUCAAACCUGAGAAUGACCUGGCGUAGAUAAAGCUGUGUUUGCACAAACCUCUUCAGGGCUUUAAAAAUUUAACAAAUAAAUAAUUAAAUGCGGGGGUUGGCGGUGGUGUCUUUCACUCCACUUAGGUAAUCGCUGUGUAUUUCGUGAAUGUAUUUUAAGCCAAUGUUAUAGAAUCGGUUGGAAUGCAUUGUUGGCUGGGUUGCCAGUGAAGUAGUUUGAGGAUAAGAACUUCCUAACAUUAACUCUUAUCGACCCCUCUUUGGAAUGGAAAUGCCCUGGCUAAUUCGGAGAGGAGGGUGUCCUGGUUGCAAGCUGGGCUGCGCUCUCACAGGUUCCACUGAUCCGUUUUGAGACUAAGGCAACCUUGGUUUUUUUUUUUUUUUAAGAAAAUGUGACUUGAGGAAGAAAAAAAAAGAAAAUGAAGUGUUGGAGAGUGAGAGGAGCCGGGCUGGCUGCGGGAGCGGCUGGGUUCCUGUUCAGACUCGGGAGUCAGUGUGUAGGGUUAUUUAUUUAUUCAUUUAUAUAUGUAUGUAUUAUUCUUCAGUGUCUCACAGGCUGGUCCGCUCCACGCGUGCAGGGUUUGAGGGUGCUGGAUCUCGUGGUUCGUGAUUCUCCCAUUUUCAUUUGAAUGCACUUUUACUGUGAUUUAAAGAAUGUACCUUCGUUUUGAUAUUUAAAAUGGGAACAAAACUGAAAAGCAGAGGGGAAGAAAAAAGCAUUCCUCUUACACAGAAUGUUCCAAAUUGAGGGAUGUUUAACAAUUAAAUCGAAUAGAAAUGGUACGUGCCUAGGUUUGGGGGAUCCUCAGCUGCACGCUCUGCUUUCAGUAGGUUUUGUUCGUUGUGGUGCCAAACUUAGGACAGCAGGAAGAAAAAGAUCUGCCGUCCUGAUGCUUUGAACGGAGCAGAGGAUGUGCUGAAUUAGAUCUGGAAUUGGGGUGGGUGUCUGGAUGCCGUGCCUGAGGGGCUGUAGCACCUCAUCCAGGUUUCAGGUACUAGAAAGCAGUGCGGCUUUAAAACUGGACAGCUUAUGCCUCUGUGGCUGGGUUUGGGCACCCCUGUUCAAAGAGGCUGGUGUGUUUAUGAUGUAAUAGAAAACUAGUCAACACAUUGUUUUUCUUCUGAAUUUUCAGAGACUGACCAUUUUAUUUUGCUUUUGUCCCAUUUCCAGAUUGGGGAAUAAUUUAUAAAUUAGGUGCAAUAUUUCAGUGUUUGUUAAUUAAAUUGAGUACAAGUUGGCCCUUAAACAGCUAUAUAUAUAUAUAUAUAUAUAUAUAUAUAUAUAUAUAUAUAUAUAAUCUCUUGUUUGGAAAGGGGCUGCGUUUCCACUGCCCAGAUCCUGCUCUCCGUGAGCAGUGACUGCUGGUCCCCUCCUUGGCAGGAAUCCGUCUCAUGUCGGUCUUGUGUGGAGAAGGGUUAAUAAAGCAUUCUCAGUGCAGGUCGUGUGAGUGCACACGACGUAGCGUUUCUCCAGAACAGUAACAAGGUGUCCCAUUCCUGACCUGAACUUUAAUAUUGCCCCCCACAUCUAAUGAAAUAACGAUCCCCGCUUACUCUGUUUUAAUCGAGGGCUCUGUGAGAACGCGUCCGAUCUGGGCAGUGGAAACUUGGGUUUCUCAUUUCUUUUUACAGUGCAAUAAUUUGUCUAACCAAUUCACAUGACAGCUACUGAGCUGCCAUAGGGACCAAAUAUUGAAUUCCACUUAUUUGCCUAACUGUUGGAACUGUGAUAAUCUGAGUGCGAGAGAGGUCGAGGUUUUAUUCAAGUCAAAAUACAUCCAAAACAAUCCCUUAGUUGAGAGGCCACUAUCAUACUAUCAGGCAGUGCUGCCCUGUGUGGGUGUGAGGGGGGUUCCUUGUGCUUCCCAUGUAACACAAUGUCAUAAAGGUGAUCAAACAUGGACAGUAUAUUCCCAAACAAUCCAUAUGCUAUGUAUUUAAAAUGUUACGUUUUAGAUCGAUUAGUUUCUGUGAAGUUAACUGGUGUAUAUCAUCUUCUCUGACAUUGUUUGAUUGAUUGUUUUUUUUUUGUACCAUUUGUGUCCUGAGGAAUGUAACAGAUUUAUCUAGAUUUCAUAGUUCACUAAUCUGUGUGCAAGCACUACCAUGUUUCAAUAAAGUCUUAUUGCACUGUUUUAAAA